GAUUUCAGAUUUUCGACUCUACGGGAUUUUUUAACUUCUCAAGGUCGAACCAGAAGAGCGAGUGUUGACCGUAGUCGGUUUGUUAUGGCUGAGUGUGCCGUGGCCACAGCAAAAGCAAAUGUUAUGCUGUAUGAUUCGAAGGCUAGUACUUGGAUCCCAAGUGGCCCAGGACAUGGCAUUUCCAAAGUUCAACUAUAUCACAACACGUUAACUAAUGCCUAUCGAGUUGUUGGAUGGAGGUUACCAGAUCGUGAGGUUGUUAUUAAUUGUGCCAUUGCACGUGGGUUAAAAUAUCAUCAAGCGCGUCCAACGUUUCAUCAGUGGCGUGAUAGUAGACAACAAGUUUACGGCUUGAAUUUCACAUCAGUUGAAGAAGCAGAUGCAUUUGCUGCCGCUGUUAAAUCAGCCUUAGAAAGUCUAGCUGCACUACAUUGUCAACAGGCUUUACAACCUCAACAACAACAAUGUAAGCCUUCUGUCACUUAUGAUCAGUUGGUAUCGAAUGAAACAACAACAACUACUACUAUUAAUCAAGAUAUGCAACUAAACCAAUAUCAACAAUCAAAGUACCAAAUACCAAAUCAACAGCUAUCAUCGAAUCAACAAGUAACUAACUAUACCAAUAAUAACAAUCAGACAUAUUCUGCAGGAAUAUUAGUCCAAAAUCGUCAGAUUUCAUCCUCUGACAUAACUGAACCAACUGAAAGUUACACCGAUCAGAACAAAGCGUUAUCAUCAUCGGCAUUAUCGAAUCAGCAUUCUGAUCGAGACACUUUAUGCAAUGAUUACAAUGAGGCAAUUGUGAACAGUGUAAAUAAUAUUAUUUUAAGUGAUAAUCAGAAUGUCUACCCGGGUUAUACAACAACAUGUAAAACUAAUACCUCUAGUCAUCAGAAUACUGAAAUUUCACGUCUUAAAUCAUCAACGGAACAAAAUGUAUCCGCGAUAAAUGGUUGUUCAAUGAAUGGUAAUACAGAACAUGGUGUAAAUUGUGACUCACCGUAUUAUUCAUCUUCAGACGAUAGUGUACGUAAUCUUCGUGGUCUGCCUAAUGGAUCCAAUGAACCUCAUGUGAAUCCAACUUCAUCCGUGACGUUGAACGCUUCCAAUUUUCCCAAUAACAAUGUUAAAUUAUUAGGUGGGAAUUCAGAUGAAUCUUCUGUUAUUACCAGAUCUCUUUCACCAAAUCAAUGCACUUCAAUUAAUAAUACCAAAUCCCAACAAUUGAUUCCCGCUCCACCACCACCACCGCCGCCGCCACCACCACCGCCGCCGCCACCACCACCGCCGCCUCCUCCACCCCCACCAAUGGCUAAUAUAGCUGGGUCGAAAAAUUGGCAUCAAAACACCACAACAACAAUAAGUAAUAAACUGUCAGGUUCACAGUCUGCUGCCGAAAAUUCCGAUACUAGUGACCAUGAUAGUGUCGCUGAAUCUGGUAGUUUAGAUGCUCAGUUACGUAUGGCCAGACAGCAACGUAUUCGUGCUGCUUCUGUUGCUGGUCUAGGAUCUUCUGAUUUUGCACCAACUAUUUCUGGCCCACGUACUCAUGGUGUAGAUAUGAUGACUGAUCUUCAACGUGUUUUGGCAGCACGUCGACGUGCUAAGGAAGCUGAAGAGGAUUCGAAUGCUACAACUGGCGUUAUUUCUACACCAAGUAAUAACACUUCGACAUCAACAACAGUUAGUAACUCAAAUAAUGAUCUACCAACUCCUAGUUCUCCUGUUCGUUCACAUUCUGUCAUAACAAACGCGUUUCAAGGUCAGAAUUCUUCCACAAAUACUAGUUCAUCCAUUGUACCUGGUUAUGCUACAUUGUAAGUAAUGUGAGAGGUAUUAUUAUACGUUAUUUCUUUUUUAAGUGGUUAUAUUUUUGUACAUUUUGUUACUAGAUAAUUUAAAAUAAUCUUAACAUAUGUCUGGUCGCCUUGGUUUUUAUUAAGUCAAUAAAUAUUUGUCGACAAAGAUACUAAAAACCUAAAAAGAAAUCUGAAAACUUUUUAGCCAAUCAUCAUCGAAUAAAUACUUUUCAUAAACAUCUAGAAAACUGAAGGAUUAAGUGUCACAAUUUAUUUGGUUGAUUACUCGUGGUUUUCAUAUAUGUGGUAUGUUUUCAGAAGUUUCUAGCAUACCAAGGUCAUCCGUGAACCUAUGAAUGAUCCCGUUUUUCUAAACAUAGAUUAAACUUAGAAUAUACUUUUUAAUUAUAUUACAUGCCUUUUCUUUGUUUGGUUUAGUUUUUCUAGUUUAGAAGUAAACCGGAAAUAUAGGAAAUGUCUAGGACGUCAUUAACUAGCGUCCAAAUAAGAAAAUUUAUCAAAUUUAUUCACAGUUAAGAUGUUUUCUCCUCUCUACUCAUUUCAAUGUUCCCCAAUAAAAGUUGAGUCGGAAGGCAGUGAAAAUAAAACUUAGAAUUUUCUUUAUUUAUCAUAAACUUAACACGCAAAUUGGUGAGUAGCGCUUCGUUGGUCAUGACGAUAUUGGACUUAUAACCUCAUACAAAUUCAAUUGAAUUUGCCACACCACAUUAACACAACUAAAUAAGAUUAAUAAGGUAAAUGCCAGAGUAGUAAAAGCAGAAAUGGUAUGGUAUCAGCAGCUGUCAAAACGUCUAGACAUAAGAGUUAUAGUAUGGGGAUAAAAUAUUAGUUCGUGGAAUAAAAGCAAUUAUAAGAUAGUUUAAAAACUUAGGAUCUAAGGGAAAACAAAAUGUGAAUGCACCUUGUAUAUUGCGAAUGGUUCUGAGCUGUGUCACCCGAAGUAUCCAGCUACUGAUCAUGAUUAUCGCAUGAACAGUAACCAAGUGAUCUGCAAAUUUUAAUAGCAACAUUUACAAUUACUCUACUUGAGUGAUUUGAUUUCAACUCUUGAAAUGACAUAAAUUUCAAGUGGAUUUAUAAGACAUUGUCUUCUGAUAGUGAAGAUUUGUAACUUGUUGGUAGUGUUGCUUUUUGUGAAUUGAAUGAUUCACUUAUUAUCACAUAGUAAUAAAAUUAAUUAGAUUAAGGGGAUUUCCAAAAUUUUGAAUUAAGGAAAUUUUAAACACCAGAGAAUUUAUAAAAAUAUCUUGACUUAUCUGGAAUCAGUAGGUUCAUCAAUAUAAAUCCAAUAUAUCCAAUCAUACAGAAUAAUAGUUCAGUCGAUCAUAAUAUAUUCAGUGGUGGUUAAUCGUAUAAAACAGUCAACAAGAACACAGAAGUGUAUCAAAACAACCAUACAUGCGAUAACAAUUCACCAAUAAAUUUAUGUAAUCAAAAUUAUAUGUUGCACUUGUAAAAUAAUUUUGAAAUUACUUUAAGUGUAGAUGACAAUGUUGUUCAGAAUGACAAUAGAAAUUCGAUAAUUAUAUUAAUGCUGACUAGUUUUGGAGACUGAUGGCAGAAAGUUAGAAGCGGUCAAACCGAAACGUGGCAUUAAUCUUUGAAGUCACACACUUCUGGUCUGAGCCAUGUUGGUAGAUGCAGACUAAUUGGUUUGCGUCCUCGUGACUAUCGUAACCAAUCUUUAAAGACUUUGUAUGACAUGACUCAGAUUCGAUCACAAAGAUGUAGGUGUAAACACUCUUCGUUUUCCCUUAAAGCGUGAAAUUACUUCAUACCUUUUUUUCUACGAACUAAUUCUUUCUUCCUGUAAUAUAUUCUUAUACAGAAUCUUUCUUUUAUAUUUUGCUACCAUUGAAAUAACUACGUCUAUGGAUUUGAUGUUGAUCUUGUUGUGCUAAUGAGGUAUGGCAACAUUGACUAGUGCAUAUAUGUACCUGGUUCUAAGUUGUAGCAAACUGACUGAUAGUCAUUUCAGGAAGCACAAUAUUACUCAACUCUUAUUGCUGACAAUUACUAGUUUUUGUACAAAAUAUUCUUAAAAAGUCAACAAUUGUAUUAUACAUAUAUUGUGUUUAUUCAAAUACCUGUUUGUUUGAAAUAAAAGUAUAAAUUUUCAUCUUCACACACCAGUUUUGUUUCAGAUAAAUUAUUAUUAUUAUACAUUUACUAUAUCUAGACGAAAAGUUUCCAGUCCAUCUUUGGAUUCAACAACAAUUAAUUCUCUAUCCAACUCUUGUUCAACUAAUAAUUCCAAUAGUGGGAGUACAACAGUAAAUCGAGCUGAUUUAGAAGCAUUUAAACGUGAAUUAAUAUCGGAAUUUCGUCGAGAAGUUCAACAAUUAAAAAAUGACGUAAUCGAAGCCCUUCGUGCAUCUUCUGUUCGAAAUUGUUAGUUGAACUAUAAUGAACCACUGAUUGAUGGUCAUCUUCAACAUCUUCAUCGAUUAAAUGAAAUGUUUGUUCGCUUACCUUACUUCUUUCUCUUGUUGUUUCCUUUUCUACAUUUUGACUGUCCUUUCUCCAUAUUUGAUCAGAGAAUAAAGAAUAUUAUUAAUACAAAUAAACAAUGCUCACCUAACAUUCCAUAAUGUUGAUAAUAAAUAGUCUGUUGAAAUUGUUCUUUGGUGUAAAUCACCUUUAUGUACUGUUUAUUUAUAUGGACACAUUAUAUUAUUAUUAUUUGUAUCAGUCAACAUAUUGUGCUUCUGCUAAAACGUCAUUUUGGUAAUGAUAGACAAAGUUGAUUUGGUAUUGUUGUUGUCCUGAUUUCUGGGCUACGUACAUUUGUGUGUGUGUGUGUGUGUGUGUAAGUUUGUGAGUAUAUCUGUUCAUCUUCCUUACAUACAAACGACGCACUACCCCUAUUGGUACAAUUUACUCUGAUAUAUGCAUUUUAUUGUUAUCCUGUAGUUGUCGCUCUCGUUUUUUUUCCAUUUCUUAUUGUAUAAUGCAGAGUUGUUUGCUUAACUUUUCUCUGUUUCUGUUGAUUCCACUUAAUAAUGGUAUGUUUUCUACGAUGCUAAUAAUGAUUAUAACAACAUUUUAAGAGAGGAACUGUUAAGAUAGUUAAGAAUUAUUCAUUUAAAAACCUGAUUUAUACUUUGUUUGUUCUUUAUCUGACUUCAUUUAAGUCAAUGUUUACAUUUUAUUCUCUAUCCAUUUGUCAAUUUAAUUCUUUUAUUAUAAAAGCUGCCUAAACUCGUAUAUAUUGUUGUUUUGUGAUCUAUGCACACACUAACCUCCAGUCACAUUUUGUGUAUUUUCACUUACUAGGUUUUUAUCAUUUGUAAUGUAAUUAAGUAAAUCAGUACUUUUUAUAAAUGUUUCUAUGUAUAAAUCUGCACUUGGUAUGUGCACAUGUGCUUUUGUAAUGUUUCCGUUUGAAUGAGACAACAGAUGAAAUAUUUUUGCUGAGUUCUUCUUUCAUUUUGUUAUUGGCUUCUCUCUCUUUUUGUUUAUGGUAUUUCAGAUAGUUGGAUAAUAGACAAUAAACUGCUCAUUUCAUUAUAUUUACUUCAAACUAGAAGCAUUUCAUUUAUCUCUCUUAUUCUCUAUGCAUCAUUUGUAGUGAUUAUUAUCUUUAAGAUUGUUGAAGACCGGUUUACAGAUAUACAGUAUAGUAUUAACUGCCAUCAUAGUCAAUGCUUAUCAUCAUUAUUAUAUUUAAUACUUUUCGUAAAACAAAAAACAUUGCGUUUAUUACAGCUUACGAUUGUUAAUUUGUUACGAAAACUGAAUACUUUUUUUUCUAGGUUCUUCCUAUCAUCAUAAAUUAUCCAUUUGAUAUACGAUUUAGUGUGUUUUUGUGUGUGUGUGUGUGUAUGUGAAUUAUUUAUUCUAAAACUUUAUCAUAAUAACAUCGUUAUAAUUACCAUAGUUCACUACAGUGUCCCAUGUUCUUGCUUUUUCUUUUUGAUGAGUAGCUCCCAACUCUUUCUUUUCUUCUUCUUAAUAUCUUGUUUCUUUUCUGGAUAUUAUUAUUUUCUAUAAAAGUAAAACUAUAUUGCAUUUCAUUACAAUUUUAUGGCGUAACCACAUAUUCUGAUGAGAUUUCUCUUUAUCUCUAUUAAAAUGUGUAGAACUCUUUGUUACUGAUCAUUGUUGCUAACAUCGGUAUUAUUUUAUCGUUUACUACUUCAUAUAUAUAUCAUUAUUCUACUGGUGGAUUUUCAUUGUUUUUUUUUUAAAAAAAAAACUAUAUUCCUAACAUCAUAUAGAAUGAUACUUCAACUCGUGUUCUUUUUUUGUUCUAAUUUCAUUUGAAUAAACGGAAUUGUAACAACAGAACUCAUUGUGCUGUUUAAAAGGAUUUUAACUGAAGAAAAUUGGAAGACGAUGACUAGUAAAUGUAUUUGUUCACAGUAAAACAAGUUCAUAUUAUGAUUACUCCUUCUUAUAUGUAGUUCCUCGAUAAAUACAUGAUAGUAUUUCAUAGACUCAAUGGUCUAUAUUUCAUCAAAGUAUGGAUUGUGUUUUAUCAAUUAUAUCAUGAAUUUACCUGUCUU